AGACAAGCAGCAGCAGGAGCUCUACAGAGAUGUGAUGCAGAUGAACUAUGAGCUGCUGGCUUCCCUGGAUGUUACUAGUGAUUCCUACUGUGGAGGAUGAAGACAUGGCCUCUUACGCCACCCAGGCCCACUUCUCUCCCCUCCACCCUCUCAGAGCAGGACAACAAACGUUUAUGGUUACAUCAAUAACCUCCUGCUGCCAAGCCAGACUUGAUCACAAAACUGGAACAGAGAUCUGCACCCUGGAUCAAGGAUCCUAAUGAGUUAAAGUCAGGGAAAAGUCGCUCCCUGGGGAGAAAGAAGAUGGUGGCAGUGAAAGAAGCCAGCAGCCAGACCCUGGCCUCAGCUAUAGAGUCCGUCUCACAGCCAGCCUCUGUGGAGACCUGUAGCCCGCACUGCCUGCCCAGCGUGUGUGAAGGAGACGUGGACGGCCCCAAGAAUGUCAAGAGCACAUACAGGCCCCGUUCCAUUCAGAGGUCCUGGUUUGAGCAGUUUCCUUGGUUAGCAAUGGACUCCAAAGAGACUAAGCUGUUCUGCUCUGUUUGCACAGAAAGACCGACUCUCCAUGACAAGUCGUCCCGCUUGGUCCAAGGUUACACUGGGCCUUUUAAAGUGGAAACUUUAAAAUACCAUGAGGUCAGUAAGGCCCACAAACUGUGCAUCAACACCGUGGAGAUCAGAGGUGACAGCCCUCAGCCUACUCUCACCCCAGAGAUCUCCAGCGACCUCAUGGCCAGCAUGGAGCACUUCUUCAACGCUGCCUACUCCAUCGCCUACCACUCCAGGCCUCUGAACGACUUCGAGAAGGUCUUGCGACAGCUCCAGAAUUCCGGCACCACACUGUUAGGCAAGUACCGGAACCGCACUGCGUGUACCCAGUUCAUCAAGUAUAUCUCUGAGACUCUGAAGAAGGAAAUCCUAAGAGACAUCCGGAACUCUCCGUGUGUGAGCCUGCUAUUGGACAGCUGCGUGGACUCCUCCAACCAGGCCUGUGUGGGGAUAUACAUGCGCUACUUGAAGCAGAUGGAGGUGACGGAGUCCUACAUCACCCUGGCCCCUCUCUCCAGUGAGACGGUAGAUGGGUACUUUGAGACCAUCGUUGCUGCCCUGGAUGAACUGGAUAUCCCUUUCCGGAAGCCUGGCUGGGUGGUGGGUCUGGGGACUGAUGGCUCUGCCAUGCUGAGCUACAAGGGAGGCCUUGUGGAAAAGUUCCGGGAGAUCAUCCCUCAGCUGCUGCCUGUGCACAGUGUGGCCCAUCGGCUGCAUGUGGCUGUAGUGGAUGCCUGUGGUAACAUUGACCUGGUGAGGAAGUGUGAGCGGCACAUCCGGACUGUCUUCAAGUUUUAUCAGUCCUCCAACAAGAGGCUCAGCGGGCUGCAGGGUGUCGCAGCCCCCCUGGAGCAGGAAAUCAGUCGUCUGAAGGACUUGAGUGCUGUCAGGUGGGUGGCCAGCAGAAGGCGGACUCUGAAUGCGUUUGUGGUGAGCUGGCCUGCCCUGGCUAGGCACCUCCAGAGCGUGGUGGACACUGGGGGCCAGGUUGGUCAGAGGGCCAAAGGCAUGCUGAAACUGAUAAAGGGCUUCCACUUCAUCAAGUUCUGCCACUUCAUUUUGGAUUUUCUGAGCAUCUAUAAGCCUCUGUCUGAGGUAUGCCAGAAGGAUCUUGUGCUCGUCACAGAGCUGAAUUCGACCCUGGGGCGCGCCUAUGUGGCACUGGAGAGACUCUGCCAACAGGCAGGGCCCAAAGAGGAAGAGUUCAACGCUGGCUUCCAGGACGGGCAGCUCCGUGGCAUCUCCCUGAACAGAGGAGAGAUGGCUGAGCAGCGAUUCCAGGCAGACAGGAAGAGAAUGAUCCUGACUGGGGCCGAGUACCUCCAGCAGAGGUUUGGUGCAAACUGGCCGGCACAGCUCAGGAAUAUGGAGGUGUUAGACCCUGUGGCCUGGCCUAGCGGGACUGAACUGGCCUGCUUUGGGAAUGACGACAUUCUCGGCCUGGCCAGGCACUUUGCACUUUCUCUCCCGGUGGGAUACAGCGAGGAUGCUCUACAGAAGGAGUGGCUGAGCUUGAAAGCAGCUACCCAGAACCUUACAUUCCCCUCGCUGUGUAAGACCGCCCUGACUCAGCACCGCCGAUUCCCUCUGCUGAGCAGACUCGUGGCUGUGGUGGUCAGUGUGCCCAUCUCCACUUCCUGCUGUGAACGGGGGUUCAAGGCCAUGAGCAGGAUCAGGACGGAUGAGAGGACCAAACUCUCCAAUGAGGUGCUCAACACUCUCAUGAUGACAGCAGUGAACGGUGUGGCGGUCACGGAGUAUGACCCUCAGCCGGCCAUCCAGCUCUGGUAUCUCACCUCUUCAGGACGCCGCUUCAGCCACAUGUAGGCCUGUGCCCGGGCGCCUGCCUGCUCUCAUGCCAAUACAGGGCUCAGGAAGGAGGGGAUGACAACACUUUGUAAGGAGGACUCCACGACCCAGAAGACAUCCAUCACACCAUCUGGGGAGCCAUAAGGUUUAGAAAAAUCACAUGGUGAAGGUUUCUGUACCCUGUACCAUCUCAAAGACCCCAUGGGCCUGAAGAGGAGUAGCCGAGACAAGGCCUUGGGGCCCCCUUGAUUAUGGAGAAUGGCUUUCUGAAGAUUCUGGGCUGUCCUGGUGUGAUAACCUUAUGCACCCAGAAUGUGGGCAGUGACAAAGGGUUGAAGCAGACAUCCCAAGGGGCAAGGCCCUCGAGGUGCCACCAUACCUCCCAGUGCAAAGGCAGGCCAGACAAGCACUUACCUCAAGUCCGUUCUGCCCAAAGGAUCCUGCCAUGAGAGAUACUCCCACAUACUCUGUUGGCAGAGGACUUUCCUGAAGUGGGAGAUUGGGGGGGUGGGUGAAAGGAGCACCCUGGUUCUCUACAUCCAUGGCACAAAUGGGAGGUGACCUAUGAGGAAGGCCAUGUGACGGUGGAAAUGAUUGCACUCCAGGGACCUUGGCCUGCUGCAGAAGCUCCCAGGUUGGGCCGUUCUGGACCACUCAUGCAGUAGAAUUCAAAGAGACCCCACCCCUCAAGGCCUGCUUUUAGCAUGAAACAGACCAAUAUCCUUUGCACAGAGCAUGCGAAAGGUGCUCUCAUCACAUCUCCUACGUAGUAAAGCAUGCUUCCUCCGAAGGAAGCCUGGUCGCUCCCCACCUCUGAACCCCUGGGUUGGCUGCUGUAGUUUCCUGAGACAUACACAAGAGGUGGGAGCUGGAAGGUGUUGAAUCCAGGCCCGCUCUUCUGCAGACAGUGCGCCUAUGAUUAACCCCUUCCUCUUUUCUGUGCCUCGUUUUCACUCCUCAUGUGGUUGCCACAGAGAAUCCAAGUGCCUGUUGGCUCCCUGUAGCUGUAGCAGUAGUCAGUGGAAGCCUCAGUCUCGGAGAGAAGGGUUUUGUCUAGAGCACUUAGCCGCUCCUACCCUGCACUUGUCCUUAGCGGUAAAGCUAUCAGCUUUGCCACUAGAGUUGUACUGUAGGCAGAGGUGCUGUCCUCACCUGCUGUCCACGGGACAGAUGCACCUGUCCUGCAGACUGCUCAGAAGCACCAGAGCUUGGGAAAUGGUCCCCAUCCUGCAUGUGUAGACUCAUACUCCCCAAACCAGCUCAGCGGCUAUAGUUUCUCAUAUGCUUCCUCAGGAUCUCUGUGGGUACCAUCUAGCUCAGUGGUCACUUCCAUUCUCAUAGAAGGGCCUUCAGCAAAACUAGGUCUUCUGGCCAUCUCCCUUUUCCCCCUUACAGUGACCUGAAUCAGCCUAGUCCUUCCAGGGCAGCCUGACCUUGCAGGCUCAGUGGUUGCCUGUUUGGUUAGGAUGAACUUUUUAGGCUCUGCCUUCUUCAACUUCAGGUUGGAGAACUGCCCAAUGGAAGGGCUCCUUGCCUCAGUCUCCUGCUCUUUUUAAAUGUGCAGGAACCUUGCUUGCUGUUUGUCUGCUGUAGACCCCUGGUCUAUGCUAUAAACACACACAGCCUCUGACCAAGCUACCUACCCACUCCUUCCAACAGGUGCUGAAAACCCCAGAGAUUCUGUACCCAGGUGCCUCACAUGCAGACCUUAUGACUCUCUGCCCCAGUGCCUAGCCUUGGUGUACAGUGUACAGUUUCCUGCUCAAGAAGAUCCCCUAUUCAGCCUAGGAUCUUGCAGGAAAGAGACAGUCAGGCCUUUGGCUCCAAAUCUAGGUGACCCAGGCAAAAUCUUCUGAGUCCAGGGAUUUUCUAGGUCAGGCUUGAGCCAUCUGCAUGGCUUCAGCAAGCUCCUCUCCUACAUCUUCCCUUUAAAAAUACCCUCAGCAAGACCCCAGUCCUAUGCGGUGUAGUCAUGGUUUCUGGAAUGAGGCUUGGGGAGCUGAGGUGGCU